AAUAGAUUAACACGUAUUAUGACAACUAUUUUAAUUGCAAUUUCUUAUUUUUCUUCUUCUUACUCAAUUCUCUAUCGGCAACUAAAUGAUUAUAAUAUUAUUUUUAAGAAAUGCCGACAGUAAGAAGAAUAAAGUCUGUGAAGUGGGAUGAAGACGACCUCAACGACUAUUAUUCAGAUGAUUAUUCUGACUCUGAUGAUGAAGAUUACGAAAACUUGAAAAUACAUACCAAACCUAAAUCAUUACCCAAGAAGAAUCUGGUUCAGAGAGGGGAAUCUAAGCCCGCCCCUCAUGAAACUAAACAAGUUUCAAAUAAAACUAAUACUCUCAACUUUUCUAACUGUAAAACACAGGCUAAUAAGAACAUUAACACUCAAGAUUCAACUCCUAAUAGAUACCCUUUAAACGUUGUAGUUCUCGGAGCUGUGGACGCUGGAAAGUCAACUUUACUGGGACAUUUUUUAACUCUAACAAACUGUGUAGAUAAGAAAUUGAAGAAUGUUAAACAUUUGUCAUGGAUUUUGGACCAGGGCGACGACGAGCGUGACAGAGGAAUAACAAUUGAUCCAACAAAGUGCCAGUUUAACCUUGAUCUUAAAAAUAUAAAGAACCUCAAUAAUCACAAUAGUGAACAUCAAACUAAAAUUGAAACUCCAAUAUAUGAUUCUAUAAAGGUCAAUGUCAUUGACACGCCAGGUCAUCAUGACCUCAUCCAGAACCUGGUUAUGGGAGCAGUCUUUGCGAACAGCGCAGUUAUAAUUGUGGACUCCAAUGACGUGCUUAAGUCUGACUUUUUUGGAGUGUAUUUCAGUGAGCACAUGCUACUUUUGUACCUUUUGGGAAUUAGGUACAUAAUUAUAUGCGUGAACAAAAUUGACAGGUUCGAAUACUCGGAGUCCAUGUACAGUAAAGUUGUCCACAUCAUACGUAAACUGGUUGGAGUUUACGAAAAUUCUGUCAAACUGAUCUUUUUACCUGUUUCAGGACUUCGCGGAGAUAAUCUCGUAGAUAAAUCGAGCAAUUUAAGCUGGUAUCAAGGCCCAACCCUUAUAGAGUCACUCCAAGUUAUAUCUCUGGAUUUGAUAAAGAGGCCCGUGGUUGUAUAUGAUAAAAUAAUUUGUCACAUUUUUGACCUCUGGGAGUCAGGAAAGACAGUUAGUUGCUCAUGUUUCGUUGAAGGUAAUAAGAUAAAGGUUCCAGUUGAUAUGAAUACGCUCCCAAACUCAGUUCAAGUUAAGUGCGUGUCACUGGAGUAUCAAGUUCUCAAUCUAGUCACUCCAUCCUCUGCAUCAAAUGACACUAAUUCUACAAAUUCCAACACGUGCUAUGUGAAUGAUUUCGUCGACUGCCUUGAAAUGAAAGGCACGGAAAUCAGUAAUUUAAUGUUCUCGAAAAUAAUGAUCGAUCCACACACAUACUCAAAGAUUAAAAAUAACACGAGCAGCAUAGUCAUACACAACACAUUCAUCGGACUAAUAUAUCUAAACGGCAUGAGUAAAGUAAAGUUGACGAUAGGCCAAAAUGUGGAACUGUUUGUAGGAUACUCAAAACAGUCCGCCUUCAUAAGGGCGAUUCAAGUAAUUGAUAAUUUUAACACGCUGGGCUCAAAGAAGAUAUACUCGCUGUCUCCAGGCCAGUUUGCCUUUUUAGAGUUCGGAUCUCAAUCACCAAUUCUAGUAGAGCCCAUUUCGAGAAAUUCAAAGUUUAUACAAAACAUGAUUGCCCAAUUCACCACAAAACCCGCCAGUCUCAGUGAGGAUGACGUUGAGCAUGUGGGAAUCCUGAGCAGGCUGUUGUUGAGAAGUUCGGGGAGUUUCGUCGCAGGCGGUGUCGUAGUAAAUCGAUAA